GCUUCGACUAUCGCAUCACUCGAAAACUAGAAUUCAGUUGCGUGCCGUCUGUAAUUGGGAGCGGAUCGGUUAGAAAUUUCCCAGUUUGAGCGAUUAUACAGUGACACUUCUUUUAAGUGUAUGACAAUUUAUACACACCACUUUCGGAACAGUACACAGUCAAAUUAAUUGCGCGUUUCGAUCGAUAAAUACAGUAAAAAUCGGGAAGCGAAACAAUAUUAAGUGCCAAUGUAACUGAUACAGACUUCGAGAUCGACGAAAUAUCCAAGGAUUUUUCUUCCCAAGACUCAUUGUGUUGAUAAAAACAAUUCAUUCUUUAUGUGUUCUUUCAAAUGCUGGGAUAUACUUCCUAUAGGGACUGGUCUCCGGGUGGACUCAACACCCAGCAGCAGUUGUCCGUCGUGACCACCGUGUGGGGAGUCACCACGUCCACGCAGUCGGGCCCCCACGGGGCGUACGCAGGGGGCCCUGCUCCCCAGCCCUUCUCCAAAGGGGGACAACCCAACGGCUACGGUGGACAAAACAAUUUUAGAGGACAUGGACUAAGCAGUUAUGGUCCGGGUCCGAAUGGUAUGAACCAGCCCGAUCCUACAGGAGGCGGCGGUUAUCCUAGUCAGGGAAACGCUCUGUCUACUGCGGCCAUGGUGGCAGCGGCUACGGCUACCGCCACAGCGACAGCCAGUGUGGUGGCUUUACAGGACAAUUCUCAGUUCGCUAAUCAGCAGUACAACCAGAGCUACCAGCAACGAAUGAUGUCGAUGAACGGCAUGGGAAACCCCAUGGGCAUGAACGGCAUGAAUAGCAUGAACCAGAUGAGCGCCAUGCACGGGAUGAACGGAAUGGGCAAUAUGGGAGGAAUGGGUCCUAAAAUGGGUAUGCCAAUUCAAGGCCCUGGAGGAGCCACAUCUAAUACCAUGUAUCCUAAUAGAAGAAUGGCACCUUAUCCGUCACCUGCCAUGCACAUGACGCAGAAAAGGGCGGGGCAAAGCUAUCCUAAUGGGCCUUGCCCGACUAUAGGAAAUCCUAACAUGGGUCCAGGCAAUAUGGGUAAUCCGACUAUAGGCUCAAUGGGCCCUAGUAUGGGUCCUAAUCCUAUGAAUCCCAACUUCAAUCCGAAUGGUCAAUAUGCAAGUUAUGGAACGAGGCAGCCUAAUUUCAACCAGUAUCCUACCCAGCAAAGCCUGGGACCUACCGGAAACUUCGGACCAGGUCCUGGAACUAUGGGGCCAGUAUCAAAUCCUAGACAACUACGGGGAGCCACACCUCCCUACACUAACCAAGGGCAGUAUUUUAACGGUUCCAUGAACCAAUUUCCUACCAACAAUUCUGGUCAGUUUAGUAUGAGCAGCACGGGGCAUAACGUUCAAGGACAGUACACCUCAUCCAGUCAGUUCCAACAAGACGUGGCUAUGCGCAACAAUAUGAACUACCAGCAUAGUCCUAUCCCUGGAAACCCAACACCUCCACUUACUCCCGCUAGCAGUAUUCCACCCUACAUCAGUCCUAAUCCAGAUGUAAAGCCUAAUUUUAGUGACUUGAAACCUCCACUACCACAAAAAGAGGAAGAGUUAAGAUUGACGUUUCCCGUUAGAGAUGGUAUAAUUUUGCCGCCAUUCCGUUUAGAGCAUAACCUAGCAGUCAGUAAUCACGUUUUCCAACUGAAGCCCACGGUUCACCAAACGCUCAUGUGGCGAUCAGAUCUGGAACUCCAGUUGAAAUGCUUCCACCACGAAGACAGGCAAAUGAACACUAAUUGGCCUACUAGCGUGCAGGUUUCUGUAAACGCCACCCCACUGGUUAUCGACAGAGGGGAAAAUAAGACUUCUCAUAAACCCCUCUAUCUUAAGGAUGUUUGUCAACCAGGCAGAAAUACCAUUCAGAUCACUGUAGCUGCUUGUUGUUGUUCGCAUUUGUUUGUAUUGCAAUUAGUACAUAGGCCUAGUGUAAGAUCUGUUUUACAAGGCCUUUUGAGAAAACGACUGUUAACCGCUGAACACUGCAUCGCCAAAAUCAAAAGAAACUUUAACAGCACAGGAACAGGUCAAAAUGACAGGGAAGCUGUGGAGCAAACAGCUCUCAAGGUGUCGCUUAAGUGUCCAAUAACGUUCAAACGAAUAGUAUUACCAGCUAGGGGCCAUGAAUGUAAACACAUACAAUGUUUUGACUUGGAAAGCUAUCUGCAGCUGAAUUGUGAAAGAGGUUCAUGGAGGUGUCCAGUGUGCAAUAAACCAGCACAACUGGAAGGACUUGAAGUAGAUCAAUACAUGUGGGGCAUCUUGAACACUGUGAAUCCAAAUGAGGUGGAGGAUGUAACUAUUGACAGUCAAGCUAAUUGGAAGGCAGCUAAGACUGGUAUUAAGCUUGAAGAUGAAGGAAAUGAAUCUUGUGCAUCAAAACGCAUGAACAAAGCAAUGUCACCUGGAAGCAUGACAUUACCAACAAUGAACAAUUGGGAUAUGUCACAGGCAAUGUCUCCAUACCUACCGCCCGAUAUGAAUAGUAUUGCCAGCGGGUCAAUGAUUAAUGGACCCCCAACAUACAGUGGAGGCUCUAGAGGAAGUGGAAUGGACUCCACAAAUAUGGGUACAUACACCAGUUCUGGUGAGUACCUCGGAGGAAGCGGACCUCUAUCUCAUUUGAGCGAAAGCGUCAACUCUUUGGAUCCCCUAAAUGCUAUGGAAAAGAGCCUAAACGAACAGAUGCCGCACACCCCGCAUACGCCACACACCCCUCACACGCCGCACACACCUGGAGGUGGCACUCCGGGUAGCGCGCACACUCCGGGCGGUACCACGGGGCCGCCCAGCGUUCCACCACCAAACUCCGACAGUUACAAUAACAGUAGUAACGGUGGUAACAACGGCAGCAAUUCCGGAAACUCCGGUAACGGAAACGGCGAUUCGUCGAUUCCGGAAAUACCCAGCGACUUAAACUUUGACCCCGCAGCUGUCAUUGACGGAGAAGGGACGGGGCAAGAGGCUUUGAAUCUCCUUCCCGACAGCGUGGAUCCCAUGGAACUGCUCUCCUACCUCGAUCCGCCGGAUCUCAACACGCCGCCAUCUAGCGGCAGCAGUUCGGGCCACAACAAUACGUCAGCCAACGACGACAUUCUGGCUCUAUUCGAAUGAAAUCAGUACAGUUCCUGUCAGCUCAUUAGUGAGUGUGAAUUCUAAGUGUGAUAUCGCUACAUAAUACGAGAGAAUGGGCGAGAAAAAAGACAAAAUAAGCGAGAAUAAUAGAAAGAGAAAGCACAUUCUGUACGCAUAUGCAGAAUCUCUAGGUACAUAUGCGUGUGCUGCGGAAAUUACAACGCCCGCUAUAUAAAAAUAUUCGAGACUAGAUCGGAUUUUGUAAAAAAUAGUGGCGCGAGUCUUUCUACUCAUCCUGUUUGGUACAGGAUAAAGACGUGUUUUGUCUUUAACGUUUAAGAUUAUUUAAAACUGAAAUUAUUCUAAAGAGAAAAUCGCUCUGUAUAUUAUUGUAAAUAAGGAGAUGAGUAUUUUGGCGGGGAAAAUGGUUUUAAGCGGCUUUCUUUUCGGUCUUCUUCAGGGCAAAGUUUUACAAUCAAAAUAUUAUAGCGAUAAAUUUUUGUUUUUUAGAGAACAUUGUAUAUACAUGCCAUAUUGGUGUAAAUAUUAUUUUUAAACUUGACUAUAUCGUUGUUAAGUGUAGUUUAAUUCUCUAAAGUAUGCAAUAGGUCAAUUGUCGCAAACCAAUUCUUAAAAAUAUUAAGUAAUUUAUUAUUACAGCUACGGUUUUUUAUAUUUAUUAUAUUAAGUACCAGUAUAGUAACAAGAACCGAAACUGGCUUGUGACAAUUAUAUCACCUAUUCACUCUUUAAGUAAUCUACUGCAACAAACAACUGAAUUAAGUAUAAAGCAUUCAAAGUAAUGUUUUUAUGAUUUUCAUUUAAUUAUGAAGAAUACUGAAAAAAAAGGGAUAAAACAUAAUUUCUACACAGGCGGCCAGUUUAGAAAAAAUGAUAGUAUUAUAACAGGGGUCACUCGUAAAGUUAAUUUUCUUUUUCAUGGAAAUAUCAGUAGCUUUAUUAAAGUUAGUGGUGACGUUACUUGCGACUCUUGAAUUUCAUUUCUCUAAAACCUAUAUACUAGAACUAAUAAAUAAGAAAAUCGGCUCAAACAAAAUUACAAAGAAAGUUAUCACUCAUAGCUCAUAACACCUUAGGGUCAUAUUUGUAUAAAAGAUAUUUGUAUCAAAAAGUAAUUGCUGAAAACCUUUACCUAGAAAAAGCAUCGUCACGGCUAGCUUCGAUAAAACCACUAUAAUAAUCAUAGCAAAUGUUCUUGUAUUUUCUUAGUUAAUUAAAUUUUUGUUUUAUUUGGAUGUACAUUACUGAAAUCAUUAUUAGAUAGGGGACCCCUUAUACAGAGUUUCUAGUAGUUCAGAAUUUGAACCAACCAAAAUUUCUAGAUAUUACCAUUUAAUUAUCGAUGUUGCAUUACAUAGGCUUAAAAAUAAUAUGUUAACAAACAUACUGUGUGUAAGUUUCGUGAACCUUUUUAAAAGUUUAAUUUCGAAGUCGUAGACCCUAAGGUCAAAAUUAUAAACAAGUAGAGGUUGAAGAGUAUUGUUACUAGUAUCAAAUUAGGUAUUUGAGUUACUACACAUGGUGAUAAUAUUGAUUAAAACAGCAAAAGGGAUGUGAUUUGUGUAGUGUUGCAUUACGUAGAUACGGUCAAUUCAAAGCUAAUAUAAAAUCAAAUAAGUUUCUAGAAUGUAUAUUAAAUGACAACCAGUCAUGUUAGAUUUUAUAACAAUGACUAUGAGGAAUGUUAAGGAAUAGUUUUAAAAGAUAAAUUAAAAAAUACACAAUAUUUUUUACGCAUAAAAAAAUAAAUGUGAGAUUUGCUAAACAGCAAAAUAACAAGUAAAGUUAAGAAAAAAUAUAUCAAGUAAUGUAACAUUAUAUAUACAUCCUACUAAAUUGCGUGACAGAUUUUUAGCUAACUUUCAAAGUUGAUGAAACAUUUUUUCUCUUAGUUAUAACGUCAUAAUAUGAAAAUGGUGGCAUUUGGUAGAGUAAUUGAAAAUGGUAUCCACAAAUAGUAGAAUCUGUGUCUUAAUAAUACUAUAAUGAUAAUAUUUUAUACCGUGUGGUGCCUCGGAACACAGUACAUAAAAAAUCUCAUGUAAAUUUUGAAAAGGUCAAAUAUCUCCCCAGAUGAUUUUGUGCAAAAGUUGUAUUAAACUUUUUUGAAGAGGCGUUAAUUUGGGAAUAAUUCAAGAAAUAAUCGAAAGAUUUGUAACUCAAGAAACUUUAUUAUUAGACAACUAUACCAGUUAAUAAAAUGUCCAAAUAAUCCGCUAUUCCAAGCCAACGAAAGAUCAGAGACCUGGCAGGCCAAUUAAUAUUGUGAUGAACCCAUGACGUCCGAAAAAUAGUGAUGUGGUCUUUUUCUGUUGCCUUCCCCAGCAGACGGGAACUAGUAUUUUUGUUUUCUUAAACACACGAAGAAUAUUUAAAUCAUUGUUUUCUUCCUCUUCAUUAUUUUUAUCUUCACUUUAGCAAUUGUCAAUACUAAAUGUAGCAUUUGCUUAAUGCCAUGCCUUUGUAUCAAAUCUCUGGAUUAUACUUUGAACUGUUGAUUUUUAAUGUCUGUCCGGUAAUGUCUGUCCGGAAACUGAGCUGCGAAUAUAUCUAACUCAUCAGGGAUACUAUUUCCAGCAAAAUGCCAUUUACCCAUCGUGACUUUUUUUUGACAGUGAUAAAAUCACAUUUUUGCUGGUAUUUUAUUGUAGCUUUCUCUGGGCCGUAUUAUGAAAUUUUAGUAUUUUGAAGGUAGAUUUUUGCAAAUAACAUUUAAAUGCCGAUUCCAAAUGAAACGAAAUUCUAGACGAAAGUACAAAUUUAACGCCUCUUCAAAAAAGUCUGAUACAACUAUGGCAUAAAAUUAUCUGGGAAGAUAAUAUUCGACAUAUUUAAAAUUUAAAUGGGAUUUCCUUUGUUCCGUGUUCCGAUGUACCACACGGUAUAUCAAAUUUUAAUAGUGACAUGAUUUUUCAGGUCCCGUAUUCAUUUCGGUAAUAUGAUUCAGGCUUGUGUUUUGGCACCCCACUCGUUAAUCACACUGUGAAAGUCACAUCAGAUCAAACUGUGAAAAUCAAAUUGUGAAAUAAAUAAUUUCGGAUUUGUUGUAAUCAUGUCCCAAUAUACAGGGUGGUCCGAACUGUAUUCCGGAAACUUCGGCAGCAUAUUCUGCAGAUAAAAAUA